AUGGCUGAUCAACUCAAUAUGUCUGGCUUGAACAUCCAGGACCAGAACCAGCCCCGCUCCUACAUUCCUCCCCACAUGCGUAAGAUGAAUGGUGGCCCUCCGGCUCCCGCUCCGGCGGCGGCGGCGGCAAUGAACGGCGGCGGCGGCGGUAUCAACAACAGCGCCUGGGCAGGUAGAGGUCAACAGAAUUUCGAUGCUCGUGCGCCUGCCGGUGGUGACUGGCCUGCCAUGGGCGGCCCCGGCGGCCCUAGCGGUCCUCCCGGCCCUCCUCCUGCCCAGCAGCAGUCCUUCCACCCUCGCGGUGGUCGCGGUGGCUGGCAAGAGGGCGGUGGCCGUGGUGGAUACAGUGGCGGCUACAACGGUGGUGGUGGUGGCGGCCAGCAGGCUCGUGGCUCUGGCGAUGGCCAGUGGCGCGACGGCAAGCACAUUCCCGGCCCUGCCAACCCCCGCAUCGAGCGCGAGCUCUUCGGUACUGGUGUCGACGACGCGUCCAAGCAGCAGACUGGUAUCAACUUCGAGAAGUACGACGACAUCCCCGUCGAGGCCUCUGGACACGACGUCCCUGAGCCCGUUCUCACCUUCUCCAACCCUCCUCUCGACGACCAUCUCAUCAGCAACAUCGAGAUGGCCCGCUACAAGGUUCCUACUCCGGUUCAAAAGUACUCGAUCCCUAUCGUUAUGGGCGGUCGCGAUCUGAUGGCUUGUGCCCAGACGGGUUCCGGAAAGACUGGUGGUUUCCUCUUCCCCAUUUUGUCCCAGGCCUUCAUCAACGGCCCUUCUACUGUUCCCCCGAAUGCUGCCGGUGGUUUCGGCCGUCAACGCAAGGCCUACCCUACAUCUUUGAUCCUGGCUCCUACUCGUGAGCUGGUUUCCCAGAUCUACGAAGAGUCUCGCAAGUUUGCGUACCGCUCUUGGGUCCGCCCUUGCGUCGUCUACGGUGGUGCCGACAUUGGCUCCCAGCUCCGCCAGAUCGAGCGCGGCUGUGAUUUGCUCGUUGCCACCCCCGGACGUCUUGUCGACCUCAUUGAGCGUGGUCGCAUUUCCCUCCAGAACAUCAAGUACCUUGUUCUCGACGAGGCUGACCGCAUGCUUGACAUGGGUUUCGAGCCCCAGAUUCGCCGCAUUGUCGAGGGCGAGGACAUGCCCAACGUUCAGAACCGCCAGACACUCAUGUUCUCGGCUACCUUCCCCCGUGACAUUCAGAUGCUCGCCCGCGACUUCCUGAAGGACUACAUUUUCCUGUCCGUUGGUCGUGUUGGUUCCACCUCUGAGAACAUUACCCAGAAGGUCGAGUACGUCGAGGACGUCGACAAGCGCUCUGUCCUUUUGGACAUUCUCCACACGCACGGUGCCGGUCUCACUCUCAUUUUCGUCGAGACCAAGCGUAUGGCCGACUCCUUGUCCGACUUUUUGAUCAACCAGAACUUCCCUGCCACUUCGAUUCACGGUGACCGCACACAGCGUGAGCGUGAGCGCGCUCUGGAGUUCUUCCGCAACGGUCGCUGCCCUAUCCUGGUCGCUACUGCUGUUGCCGCUCGUGGUCUUGAUAUUCCCAACGUCACCCACGUCGUCAACUACGACCUGCCCACCGACAUUGACGACUACGUCCACCGCAUCGGUCGUACUGGUCGUGCCGGAAACACCGGUCACUCCACUGCAUUCUUCAACCGCGGCAACCGUGGUGUCGUUCGCGAACUUCUCGAGCUUCUUAAGGAGGCCAAUCAGGAGGUUCCCAGCUUCCUCGAGACUAUUGCCCGCGAGUCUUCCUACGGCGGUGGCCGCGGCGGCCGUCCUCGCGGCGGUGGUCGUGGACAGGGUGCGAACCGUGACUUCCGCAAGUUCGGAGGUGGCGGUGGCGGCGGCGGCGGCUUCGGAGGUGCCCCUGGCGGCGGCUUCAACAGCGGCGGCGGCUCUGGCGGUUACGGUGGCAGCGGAGGCGGCGGCUCUGGCGGCGGCGGUUUCGGCGGCCCUCCUGCUGCUGGUGGCUACGGUGGUGGCGCUGGCGGCUACGGCGGUGGUGGUGGUGGCUACGGUGGCGGCGGCUACGGCAACCCCGGUGGCCCUGGAGGAAACUCUUCCUGGUGGUAA